AUGACGAUCAAAGACAUCUUGCGUCCAGGUGCUCUGCAGCCUUCCAUCGAGAAGUCGGACGUCGCUGAGCGUGUUCACGAAACGCCCGUCGAAGUGUCCACAAAGACCUGGUGGCAGCGACGCGCUCCCGUCAUUGCUUGUGGCUCUGGACUCUUCUCCGACGGAUAUCUCAAUGGAGUCAUCGGAUCAGUAAACACUAUCCUCAAGAAGCUCUACAAGCAAGAGUAUAAGCAUAGUAAUGCCCAAAGCAACAUUACUUCGCUUGUCUUCGUUGGCGAAGUUGUGGGCAUCAUCAUCUUUGGCUACACCUCCGAUCGCUUCUCUCGCAAAUGGUCCAUCUUCGCGUCCACUGUCAUUCUGUUCGUUUUUGCUGCUCUUGCUGCCGGCUCCUACGGAGCUCAUGGUAGCAUAAACGGUAUGCUUUCCGCUCUUGCUGCUUACCGCUUCCUCCUUGGCAUCGGUAUCGGUGGUGAAUACCCGGCUGGAUCUGUCGGCUGCUCCGAAAGUACUGGCGAGCUGGAGUCUGGUACCCGCAACAGAUGGUUCAUCUGGUUCACCAACUUGGCAAUCGAUGCAGGGUUCGUCGUGGCUGCGUUCGUCCCUAUGGUCGUGGUCCUCGCUACUGGGCAGGACCAUCUCCAUGCCGCCUGGCGCAUCAUGCUUGGCAUAGGUGUAAUUCCUCCUCUCUCUUUGUUCUACAUGAGAUACAAGCUCCAAGAACCUGAAGCGUACAGGAGAAACACAAUGGCCAAGUGCAAGACCCCUUGGAAGCUCAUCAUCAAGAAGUACUGGUUCCGUUUGCUUGUUGUUUCGACCAUCUGGUUCAUCUACGACUAUUCGUCAUACGCUUUCGGAACAUACUCUGCCCCAAGUGUCGACAAUGUACUCGGUGCUGAUGCGCCUAUGUGGAAGACUUUUGGCUGGAACACAGUCAUCAACCUCUUCUACAUCCCUGGCGCGUUCGCUGGGUCGUACGUUUCCGACUGGAUUGGACCCAGAAAAGCUCUUGCCUACGGAGUUACCGCACAGGCUGUGGUUGGUUUCAUCAUGGCCGGAUGCUAUGAAAAACUCGCCAUCCCAAAGAACAUCGGAGGCUUCUGCGUGGUCUACGGCAUCUUCUUGUCGCUUGGAGAACUUGGGCCUGGUGACAAUAUUGGUCUCAUCGCAUCCAAGACUUCUGCUACCGCCGUAAGAGGUCGCUACUAUGCAGUAGCCGCAGCCUUUGGAAAGAUCGGUGCUUUCAUUGGCAACUAUCUCUACCCAAUCCUCGUGGCUGAUGCAGGGGACAAUGUCGUCAAAGGCAACCAAUAUCCCUUCUGGGUAGCCUCGUCUCUCUGCAUUCUGAGUGCCUUCCUGGCUUUCUUCUGCUUGCCUGAAAUUGGCCAAGAUACCAUCGAUCACGAGGAUGCCGUUUUCAAGAGUUAUCUUCUUGAGCACGGUUGGGAUAUCUCGCGUAUGGGUCUUGCUGGCGCUGCUGCUCCUGCUGAAUCUGAUGCAGAGAGCUCGCAGUACAAUGCUGGGAAGACAGAGCAGUAA